AAACGCAUUCUUAUUUUUGAUUCUUAAAAGCAAAUUAAAUGAGCUUUUUCUUGAAAAACAAGCUAAUUCUUUAUUCAUGUGUACUUAACCAUUCCGUACAUUCUAUCAAGAAAAGUUUUUCAACAAAGUUGAAUGAAAAAUUUCUACUAAAAAGAAGUAAACACAUGGAUCCGAACGUGAAAGUACGAGAAAACCCGGUGGUUUUCAAAUUAGAAAACGAUCUUUUCAAAUCAAUAUUCACUCCAGAAUUGAAUCGUUUGGUUGAUCUUUUCAAGAAGCAUGGUUAUGAAAUUAGAAUUGCCGGUGGAGCUGUAAGAGAUUUACUAAUGGAUAAAAUACCAACUGAUCUUGAUUUUGCAACUAUAGCAACUCCAAAGCAAAUGAAAACGAUGUUUGAUACUGAAAAUAUUCGCAUGAUAAACAUGAAUGGCGAAAAACAUGGAACUAUAACUGCAAGAAUUCAUGACAAGGAAAAUUUUGAGUGCACGACAUUGAGAAUCGAUGUUCUGACUGAUGGCAGACAUGCCGAAGUGGAAUUCACUCAGGAUUGGUUAUUGGAUUCUAAUCGAAGAGAUCUUACCAUCAACGCAAUGUUCCUUGGAUUCGAUGGUUCAGUGUAUGACUAUUUCUUUGGCUACGAGGAUUUAAUGGAACGUCGAGGGAAGUUUGUAGGGAAUGCAGAUACUCGCAUCAAAGAAGAUUUUCUUCGAAUCUUACGUUAUUUCCGAUUUUAUGGACGAAUUGCUAAAUCUCCUGAUCAACAUGAUCCCGAAACACUUAAAAUCAUCUCAAAUAAUGCUGAAGGUCUUCAGAGAGUUAGCGGUGAACGAAUUUGGGUCGAAUUAAAGAAAAUUUUGCAAGGAAAUUUUGCUGGAGAAAUACUAAUGACAAUAAUAGAUUGCGGGCUUUCCCAACAUAUUGCUAAAAGCGAGUCAUUCAACGAAUGGCUUAGAAAGGAAGGUUUCGAAAGUAUCAAGAAAUUUAGCAAUGAAAAAUCGUCUGUUAGUGCACCUUCUGCCGGCACUUCUCUUGGAAUCAGUGAAAAGCUUUUAACUAAAGCAAAAGAAGAGUUGAAUCGAAUGGUUUUGUUGCCUGGGAAUGAUGAACCUGAUCGCGGAAAUUUGGAUGAUUCUACCAUAGAAUGGCGAAAUGGUAAACCGAAUUACACUCUUGCUAAUCUUGCUUAUCUUAAGGGAAAGUGCAUGAAACAUGAAAAGGGAUCAUUAGAAAUGAUUGUUCAGAAUGCAGUGAAAACUUGGGAAAUGGAAGCAUCACAUAAAAAGAAUCCCAAUCAGUGGAAAACAAUUAUUCAAGAUAAAUAUAACGUCCAAACAAACAAUGGUCGAGUAAUUAAUCUAGAUGAAGCUUUUGAACGUGGUAACUACAAUGUUCUAAUGGACGAAAUCGAUCCAAACGUUUAUGACGCCUCAAAAGAAGAUUUUGCGAGUUCCCAUCAACUUUUUCAUGGAACAUUUAACGGAAGUUUUCCCUGGGAAGUCUUACAAGUUUUUAGUGGACCCCCUGAGAUUGUUUUCUCAUUCCGACAUUGGGGAGAAUUCACUGGCACUUAUCAAGGUAAUAAAGGCGAUGGUUCGAUUGUAGAGAUGAACGGAUUUGUUGCAGUUACUGUUACUGAAGAUUUAAAAAUUACCGACCUUAAGGUUUAUUUUAAGCCCGAAAAUUUUAUUAAACGCCUUAAAGUGUAUGACUAUUUCUUUGGCUUCGAGGAUUUAAUGGAACGUCGAGUGAAGUUUGUAGGGAAUGCAGAUACUCGCAUCAAAGAAGAUUUUCUUCGAAUCUUACGUUAUUUCCGAUUUUAUGGACGAAUUGCUAAAUCUCCUGAUCAACAUGAUCCCGAAACACUUAAAAUCAUCUCAAAUAAUGCUGAAGGUCUUCAGAGAGUUAGCGGUGAACGAAUUUGGGUCGAAUUAAAGAAAAUUUUGCAAGGAAAUUUUGCUGGAGAAAUACUAAUGACAAUAAUAGAUUGCGGGCUUUCCCAACAUAUUGGUCUUCCCAGUAAUCCUGAUAAAGAAGAUUUUCGGAAUCUUUGCAAGAAUCAAUCGAUUGCAAAAGAUUGCGAUCCAAUUACAAUUUUAGCAGCACUACUCAAUUUACCUGAAGAUGCUUUACAUCUUCAUGAACGUCUUAAAUUUUCAGCAUAUGAGCGGGACUUACUUUACUUUCUAGCACAAAAUAAAAACGAGUUUAGAGAUGUUGAUGAUUUGAUUCGAUAUCAGCAAAUGUGUCUUAUAACUUCAGGAAAAAUUAAAGACAUAAAAGAAUAUGUCGAAGAACUUCUUAAACUGCACUGUAAAUUAGAUCUUCAUCAGAAACUUAAAGAAUGGACCGUCCCUCGAUUCCCCGUUACUGGAAGUCUAUUAUUGCAAAACAAUUGUCCAACAGGAAAGAUCGUGGGAGUUGUCUUAAAUAAAUUGAAAGUUAUUUGGGUGGAGAGUGAAUUUAAGUUAACAUCUGAGGAACUAUUAGAGCAUCUUCCUCAAAUAUUUAAAGAUUUAAAUAUUGUCGAUGGUAAACUCGUAAAAAAACCAAAAACUCAAUAAUGACCGCAACUAAGACAUUUACAAAUAAUGUUCUUAAAAAAUUAUACCUACCAAAUUGAUAAUAAAAAAGUCAUGUUCUAUUUAAUUAAUUUGGUAUUCUUAUAUCAAAUCAAACAUCUUAUUAA